GCGCUGCGGGAGGUGGAAGAGGAGAAGAAGGAGACCUUCGCAUCGAAGCUGCAAGCCGCCAUUGACAGCGCUGAGGCCCGGCAAGCCGAGCAAGAGACGGCACAGAAAGCGGUGAGUGCUCGUGAGGCUGAGAGGAGCGACUUCUUGAUUCGCCAGGUCCUUGCGCAAGACCGGGCCAGGAAGGCCAUGGAUGCGAUGGCAGCCGUGGAGCGGCUGAGGAAUCCCGUCACGGACUCCGCGGACUCUGCAACGCAGGAUGUCGACAUGGUGGAGUCCAAGGACAGUCAGACCGCGGUUGAGCCUUCCAAGGUGGAACCCCCGAUGGGUGACUUGCUGCGGCACGCCACAGAGCUGGGCGCCUGA